AUGUCCAUAACCCUCGACGACCGCGACUCCAGUUUCGCUUAUGAUGGUUCAUGGUUUCAUGGCGGUCAAGCCCAAUUCGAAUAUGAUAACACUACCACAGGAACGAAUACGGCAGGUUCAAUGGCCUUGUUGAAUUUCACCGGGGUCAGCGUUGGCGUCUUUGGUACCAUUGGUCCCAUAAAUUAUGGGGGCCAAGAUGUGGGAGCCCCGAUAUCAUCAUACCAGGUUGAUGAUCAACCUGCGGUGACCUUUACAGCUCCUGCACAAGGGGGGACUCUAUUUCACUACAACUUUUUUACUUCGCCAACAUUGGGCAAUGGUCCACACCAAUUAAUAAUCACCAACCUCAACCAAAGCAGCUAUCUUUGGCUAGACUAUGUUCAGUAUACCCCGUCGUCAGGUAAGAUUUUCCAUAUCAUGAAACAUGAAACUUGGCAUAUCUGA